AUGCCUCAAUAUAAGCCCUCGGGCUCUGCGGGCCACGCCAGGACCCAGCUCAGAGAAAAGGAUCUCCCGGCUGGCGUUGUGAGCAUUCGCGAUAUCCUCGAUGGUCAAAUCUCUGUUGGGCGAUUCACCAGCGUCAUCGGCCUGGUCAAGGACAUGCGAGCUCCAAUGCCUACCAAGGGAACGGACUGGAAGUGUGCCCUGACAUUGUUCGACAAAUCCACCGAAGAUGACGCUUCUGGAAUCACCCUGAGCAUCUUCCGCCCACAGAACGACAUGCCUCAGCCAAGCGUCGGCGAUGUGAUACAUGUGUGGUCCGCCAAGGUGUACAGGUAUCAGUCCGAGUUGACCCUCAUCACCAACCGGAGUACCGAGAUCCACGCCUUCACUGCCGCUGAGAUCCCUCGCCCACCGAGAUCCGCAGCCGAUGCUAUGAAGCCAUCACAUCGAAAGCCCGUCCGUAUACCACUGGACAAGGAAUUCGAGUACAUCUCGUGGCUCUACCACUCUGUUGACAAGUACAUGCUACCCACUGCCACUGAUUUUCAAAGCAACGUAGAGCGCUCGAUGAACAUCAAGGACAAGUUCAACGUCCUGAAGGAUGUGCGCGAGGGUCAGUUCUGCGAUCUGAUUGUGCAGGUGGUCAAAGACCCCUUUGACCAGAUGGACAAGGUCAGCCUGUGGGUGACCGAUUACACCGAGAACGACAAUUUCUUCAAGUUUGCCUGGGAUGGUUCCGAUAUGCCCAACGGCCGAGACGGUGAUCCUUACGGCUACACCACCGCCAACAGCAAUGCCGCAUCCCGUACCUGGCCUGGGCCCUUCGGCAAGCGCUCCAUGCAGAUCACAACUUACGAGCCCCAUGCCAGCUAUUUCCGGGCCGAGGUCAAGCCUGGCGAUUGGGUCAAGCUCCGUAACGUCCAGAUCAAAUAUGGCAGCAACGGGAACAACCUAGAAGGCUUCCUGAGGGAAGACAGGGGUGCGUUCGGGUCAAGGCUGGCGGUAGAACUGCUUGAAACUUCUGGUGACUCCCAUAUCGACGAACGUCUCAAGGAGGCGAUCCGCCGGAAACGCGACUACGAGAAGAUUGCCAGGCAGCAGAAGAAGGACUACGCCGCCAAGGAGGGCGUGAAGAGGAAAGCAGAGGACUUUGUGGAUGACACCAAGCAGAAUGCCAAAGACCGCCGCAAGGCUCAGCGGGCGGCAAAGAACAAGCAAUGGGUCGAGCAGGAAGCCAAGCGAGAGGAGCUGCUAGGCCUGAACCAACUCAUCAAGUGCGAGAGCCUCGACGAGCCGAUUUACCCUCUGGGCGAGAUACUUGAGCCGCCCCCAUACAACACCACCAUAGAUGGGCAGGAGGUUAUGCUCACCUUGCCGUUUACCAACGCCAAAUACCGCGCCAACGUAAGGGUUGUCGACUUCCGCCCCAGGAAGCUCGAGGAUUUCGCAGUUUGGAGAAAGGUCAACGAGUACGACGUGCUGUCGGACUAUAGUGGAGGCUCAGACUCCGAGUCGGACGACGAUCCGGGAACCCUGGACGCCUUUGCAGGGGAGAAGACCUGGGAAUGGUGCUUUGCUCUACAGCUUGAGGAGGCCGGUGCCAAGGCAGGGAAGAACGGCCCUCCGGAACGAGUAUGGGCAUUGGUGAACAACGGUGAGGGUCAAUUGCUGACAGACCGCGAUGCGUGCGAUCUACGAGGCAACCCAGACGAUCUGUCCGCCCUCCGAGAGCAACUCUUCAAGCUCUGGGGCAACCUGGAGGAACACAAGCAACACGAACUCCAGACACAGAUCCAAUCACGGCGGCGACUCGCAGCCAACCAGGCCCCGCCGGACAGCUCGGACAGCGAAGACGGCGGCAACGACCGGGACAAAGGGGCGGCGCCACCCAGCAAGGUGUCGAACAAGCCGUUUACGUGCUGUCUCAGGCAAUACGGCGUUGCCAUGCCGGAGCGCGACCCGGCCAAGUGCAACGCGGGUGAGGGAAAGCGGUACCAGAGGAUGUUUGGGCUCUUCGGGACCAAGAUCUCCUGA